GUAUACGGAGGCCGAGGAAGUGCUGCUCCACGUCAUGAAGAUCGCCGAGAAGAACGAUCUGAUCCGCACGGAUGUCGAAGGAAUGAUUAAACUGAAGGACGAAUUGGCGAACUCGAGGGUUGAGAUACUGCGCGAGAAUCGGUUCCAGAAACCGCUGGAAAUCGCAGACAGGCAUUGGAAUGACUACCACAAGCCUAUACUCGAGGUCAUAGGCUUCGCGCGCCAGAGCCGGGCCGUUGAGCGACCCAUGGAUGCGGACAUCGAGAUAAUCGACAUCAUUGGUGCCGAACGCGCCAAACAGAUAUACCCGGAUCUGUUGGCUAAUGCGCCCAAACAUAAGAGUACACCCAUUGGGGGCCCGUCUACUAGUUAUUGGCGUCCGGGAGCCAGUCAUUCAAAUGUGGACCUAAGACACGAGUUGAGGGAACGGGAGGGGAAUGUGUCGCACAGCGGGGACCAGAAGAAAGUGGACGAACAGCUGAGAAUCACUGGCCUUAAGACGAGUCUAAUGUUGGCCGAGGAAAAGGCGCAGACGUUUGAUCGCAAGAACCGAGAGUUGGAGUCGGAGCUGAAGAAGGUUUACCAGCAUUUGCUGAAAGUGAACGCCGAGAAGAAGCAGUUGCUCCGAAAGUGCGAUACUCUGGAGGCGCAGUUGGACCGAGCGUUUGGUCAGUCGUCAGUGGCGUCCACUUCGGUGGCGCCGAAGCGUAAGAUAGUACCGAAGCGCCAGUUCGUCGACUUUCCGGACCAGAGAUACCUUGCGGUUAAAUCGCGGAAACUGAAGGACUAUGUGGUGACCAAAACGCGGCAAAAGUAUCGCCGAAUCGCCAGAAUUGGUAGAAAACGUGUGGCCUAUGGCGGUGCCCAGUCGUCAAUGGCGUCCACUUCGGCGCCAAAGCGUGCGUUGAAUGUCGAGAGAUAUCCGGCGGACAGACCACCGAAGCUGAGGGGCUAUGGGUUCACUAAUUACAACCGAAACGGAGCUAAUUAUGAGCGAAGGCCGGAGCCACAGGAGCCUUACGAAGACGAUGGUCUCUACGAGACAGGGAACUAUAGGGCACUCUAUAUGGAAGAGUUUGACAGAAUUCAAUGA